UUAGAGUGUGAAGUGAGUGUAGGAGAAAAGUGAAGAGUCGAGGGAGGAGCAGAAAGUGAUCAUAAUAGUUGGGCAUGUCUUACAUUCCACCGCACAAGCGGCACACUGAGGGUUCCUCGUCGCCGAAAUCUGAAUCUCUGAUCCCUGCCUUCAGAAAAAACCUUCAUUUCAAGUCUAGAAAGGAAAAGUAUUUGGGUGCCUUCAUUUAUGCUCAUCAUGCUGUUAGGAAAUGGUUUCCCGUUGGCUUCACUCUCACUGAUGAUCAUUCUCAGUUGAAGCUCCAACCUCUUUCAUUUGAGCUCAAACCAGGCGACCCUCUUUCUUUCGUCCUAAGUCAAGGUUGCAGCGAAGGAACAAAUGAGCUUAUGGAUGAGCCAUGGCUCUUUGUAGCUAAAAGUGUGAUGAAGGAUUUACUUUUGUCAUUUCAACAUGUGAAGCGUGAAAUGGAGCAGUCUAAUAUGGAAGAAUUAAAGCCGACUCUAGUUGCUCGUUUUGGAAGAAUUCUCUUUUAUAGCAAUUCUGCAAAUAGUCAUGAAUCCGUGAAAAGUAACCCAUUGGAUGAAACCACAUUGAGGCAAAUGAAAAAAAAUUUCUAUACAAAUGUUCCUCUGUCAUAUAUGGAAUAUAUAAGAAACGUUGCAGUUGAGAAACUUGACUUAAAAUAUAUGGAAGAGAAGGAAUUAUACUACGUCAAGCUUUCAGAUAACUUGCGCUCUGAUUCAACUGUCUUCUGCAAAUGUACGGUGGCCAGGGAUCAGAAAAAAAUUCAGCUCUAUAAGAUUGAGGUGAACCCAGUACGCAACAUGGUUGCAGAUAUGAGCUGUCUAGGCAAAAGUUUAGACCUAAGGUUGAUGUUACAGACCAAGAAAAUCAUGAUGGCUUUAUCUGAUGAGGAGAUCAAUGGAAUUAAAAAUCUUAUUGGUUCUGCCGUUUUGGACUCAGAAGUUAAGGGUGGGUUGAGAUGGCCCUUUGGCGAUGAUUCUUCAGGGAGUCGAUACGCUGUUAUCGCCGUCUGGCACACAACUGCAAACUCAUAUGGAAAUUCGUCAAUUAGGCUUAAGCUUCGACAUGCAGAUCGAUUUGAUUUCCGGUCUUCAACUGGUGAGGUUUCACAGGAGGCUAGCCUGAAAAUGCCUGGGAUUGUAUCCCAAUUGCAGAAGCAAACGAUUGACGAGAACCUGGUGCUUAAAAUGCUUGAAGAAAACUUGAAGUUAAUCUGGGAUCACUGUUUGUCUGAUGGUUCUUCAAGCUGACCAUGUUUCGUGGCCCUUCACUUUCUUUUUGCAAAAUAUCUGCAGAAACUGCUAGACUCACAAGCUAUGUUCGGUUUACCUUUUGAAUUUUGUGGUGGCCGUGGAAUGUAUAGAUGUAUAUUGCUGAAUUGUUAAACCCAAAACCCUGAAAUGUUUUCUGCACUAUGUAGUUUGUGUAUGGAUUGUAAUGAACCAAGGCCUCUGAUGUUAGCAGCAUCAGUAAGGAACACUGGAUGAGAUUGUAAAUAGUUCUGUUGUGUAAUGUAUCGAACUUCUUAUUUGAA